CUGGGGCUGCUCACUGCAGCCGGCUGCGAGCCCCCAGGCAGGCGGGGAUCAGCGGCCACCCGAAGGGGGCGGGCGGAGGCGGAGCUCGGCGUUGUAACGUGCAAUUCCGACCGCCUGCGCCCCAAAUCAGGUGGGGCCCGGCGUCGGGACCCCGGUACCCCAGAGCCAUCUGGCUGCCUUCGAGCCGAGUCAGCGUCACUGCCGAAUCUAAGUGAGGAGGCAGAGGGAAGGGCCAAGGAAGGCUCUGGGGCGCUGGAGGGAGCUUCGCGGACGAGAGCUGGGACCCCGCUCGCCAUGGGGGAGGUGGAGAUCUCGGCUCGGGCCUACGUGAAGAUGUGUCUGCACGCCGCCCGGUACCCGCACGCCGCCGUCAACGGGCUCUUGCUGGCGCCCGCACCGCGGUCGGGAGAAUGCCUGUGUCUCACCGACUGUGUGCCCCUGUUCCACAGCCACCUAGCCCUGUCCGUCAUGCUGGAGGUCGCCCUCAACCAGGUGGAUGUGUGGGGCGCGCAGGCCGGUCUGGUAGUGGCUGGGUACUACCAUGCCAAUGCAGCUCUGGACGAUCAGAGCCCUGGGCCCUUGGCCUUGAAAAUCGCUGGGCGGAUUGCAGAAUUCUUCCCUGAUGCAGUACUUAUUAUGUUGGAUAAUCAGAAACUGGUGUCUCAGCCUCAUGUGCCCCCAGUCAUCGUCCUGGAAAACCACGGUCUCCGCUGGGUCCCCAAGGACAAGAACUUAGUGAUGUGGAGGGACUGGGAAGAGUCACGGCAGAUGGUGGGAGCACUAUUGGAGGGCCGGGCCCACCAGCACCUUGUGGACUUUGACUGCCACCUUGAUGACAUCCGGCAGGACUGGACCAACCAACAGCUUAACACCCAAAUCACCCAAUGGGUUGGUCCCACCAAUGGAAAUACCUGAACCAGGGCUGGGAGGUGGAAGGGAGAGGGUCAGGAUCCAAUAAAGACACUUGGGCUGAAGGGCAA